AUGUCUGAAAGUCUCUUGGUGAUGGUGCGUGGAAACUGGACAUGGCUGGUGAUGUGGUGGUGGUGGCUGCCUUCUCUGGUCACCACACAAGAAACCCCAUCGUCUACACCCUCCCUACUCCCCCACAUGCCGGGGAGGAUGGGAGAGGUGCCGCUGGUUACCCUUGAUGACUUGGACACCUAUAUGGACUCCCUCACUGAACUGGCUCGUCUCCACAUCUCCAAAGCCUUCACGGAGGAGUCCCGCCUUUACAGGAGAAGUUUGGACAUGAAAUCGGUGAAGGUGAUCGGGACACAGUUGGCCCAAUUUGACCUGGAGGGAUCAGUAGGGGAUGGCUCCUCUUGGAUGAACCAGGUGACUGGCCUCCACCUCCUGACUCGCCAACACACAUCCUACUGGAUCUUGGGAGGACCCAGAAAUGAAUAUCAGAGAGUAGUAGCGUGGUCUGCCGUCGACCAAACCAUGAGGGUCAUCGCCAGGUUCCAGCUGACGUCCACCAGUAUCGUCAUGGUUAACAGGAUAGCAGUGAGUGAUGGGGAUGAGGGAAGGGAGGACUUUGUUUAA